AUGAAGAUAUUGAAGUGUACUGGGCCUAAGACGGAGCCUUGCGGUACCCCACUGCUUCUCUCCAUGUGGAGGUAGUACCAUUGAGCCUGAAGCCGAUGAGAAUUGAACUGCCAUACUGCUGGCAGCCGGCAGUCAGCAGAAGUAGCCUGCAGUAUUGCAUUCUAACCAUUGCAGCACCAGGUCUGUAAAGGACAUUCAUUCAGCUGCUAGGAACUCUGUAAGGUCCUCCUGCAUUUGGCUUCCCAAGCCACAGAAUGUCUAGUUGCCAACACAGCUUUGUUUCAGGGGCUGCCAAGUCUUUAUGAGCAAGUCACACAGGAAAUCGGCAACCCAGAGAAAAGGCACUGAGCUGCCCACCAACUGCUUGCCUGUGCUUGGAUGUCUGGGCGAUCUGUGCUCUGAGGCUUUCCCUGCUGUUGCUAAGCAGCUCCAGACCAAGACACUCAGAUAGCAACAGCCCGGAGCCCAUCUCUGGCUGGGUCUCUGUCCAACAUUUUGACAGGUAAGAAUUUAACCACCGUUGUGGUUAAUUGCAAGUCCCAAGAUCUGCUCCACACACCACCACCAUUGACCGACUGCCAUAUUACAAUAAUGGCUUCUUGGCUAAGGGCCAACCAGGAAGAGUAUUUCUCAUACGCACAUCAAACGAGGCUGGCAGAACUCCAUGCAAUUUACUCAGCAUGCCUGUUUUUUUCUCUCCAUUGAAAUGAAGACAACCCUUUCCUCUUGUCCAUGGGCUCAGGAAAGGAGACCAAGGGUCAAGGCAAGCGGCAUUCCUGCCAAGCAGAGGCCUGCCCUUUCCUGCAGUAGUUUUUAGACUCAGUCUGCCCCGGGUUUGAGGAAUCCUCAGCCUGGAACCAGGAGCAAUGGAACACUUUCUGGGCAUGGGAGAUGGCUGGGGCCAGCAGGAAAACGCAGGUGCACCAAGCGCAGAAUUGCCAGAAAUCCUGUGAGCUUCAACAUAGCCGUCGGUUGGUUUGCUUGCUGGCCCCCUCCCGAGAAAGAGGGGCAGGGGUGUAUCCGACCCCCACCGUCCCACAUCUUCUGACACCGGCAGCAGCGACUUCGUUCAGAGCCGGCAACUCAUUAGCUGCAGCUGCCCCACUCAGCAGCCGAGCGGGCGUGCUCGGUUGCGGAGACCGCGCGGGAGCGUCAGGAGGAAAGGAGCCGCGAGAGAGUGCGUAGCGCCGGCUGACGAUGCCGCGCGUGUGACGAGCCGGCAGGAGGAGCCUCUCCGGGCGAGCGCAUGGCCAGCCUCGCCUACCAACCCGGGCGCGCAGGGGAGGCGCGGCCGCGAACGGUGGCCGUCGGGCCAGGUAAAAGCGCGCGGCCAGAGGGGCGUCGCGGCGGCAAUCCGCCUUCGCCCAGAAUUGCGCAGACACCGCCUGUCAUCCCGGUCGCAGAUCAGCCUUCGCGGAGGAGACGGAGGAGCCGCCAAGAGCGGAGGGCUUCCCGGCCGGCGCGCCGGAGCUCGACGUAGGCGAGCGACCUGGUCUUGCUCACUCUCCGGGGCGGGGGUGAGGACGAUUGUCGCUGGCAAGGGGCCGGCGGCAGGCAGGUCGAGCCCCUUCCCAACCGAUGGCAGGCCUCAAGGGAGAAUGACUUCCUCCAAGACCACUAGAACUGCUGGGUUAGCAGAGAAAAUGCAAGUUUGUGUAGAAGACUUAUCACAUCAAGUUCAUCCAACAGGAAGGAGCUUCUGAAGGAAGUAGAUGCAUGGCUGGAGCUCAUUUAGCAGUGAACUUAAGGAAUACUUUAAAAGUGCCCUCUAUCUCUUACCAUGGAAAAGUGGGUUUUCUGCCUUCUGGUUAUGAGCACCAUGGCUAUGAGGGUCCUGAUGUGUCCCAUGCGCUGCAGCUGCCAGACGGUGUCCCCCUCUUUCACCAUUCUCUGCACAAAGAACGGGCUGCUCUUUGUCCCUCCUGCCAUUGACCGACGGACAGCAGAACUCCGACUGAUGGAUAAUUUCAUCACGAGUUUGCGAAGGAAGGAUUUUGCAAACAUGACAGACCUGAUCCAUUUAACGCUAUCACGAAACACAAUCAGUCAUAUUAUGCCUUAUGCAUUUUUUGAUCUUAAAGGCCUUCAUGCAUUACACCUGGAUAGUAACCGACUCACCUAUAUUGAUGAGGAUCACUUCAAAGGGUUGAUCAACCUUCGCCACUUAAUUCUCAGUAACAACCAGUUACAUUAUAUUUCAUCUGGAUCUUUUGAUGAUUUUAUUGACAUAAUUGAGGAUCUGGAUCUAUCCUAUAACAAUCUUGUUAAUGUCCCCUGGGAAACUGUUGGGAAGCUUUCAAAUGCCAAUACUAUUAGUUUGGAUCAUAACCUCAUAGAUUUUGUUCCUGAAGGCAUCUUCUCUGAUCUCCACAAACUGGCUCGGCUGGACAUGACUUCUAACCAGCUCAGGAAGAUCCCUCCAGACCCUCUUUUCUCCCGCAUCCCUGUCUACGCCAAGCCCAAGGGCACCCCCCUGUCCUCUUUGGUCCUGAGCUUUGGAGGGAACCCGCUACACUGCAAUUGUGAGCUAGUGUGGCUGCGACGCCUGACUAGGGAAGAUGACCUGGAAACCUGUGCCUCCCCACCCGAGCUGAUGGGCAAGUACUUCUGGUCCAUUAAGGAGGAGGAGUUUGUUUGCGAACCACCAAUGAUCACUCGCAGAACGGCAAAGCAAAUGAUCAUGGAAGGACAGAGCGUUUCCUUGAAGUGUAGAGCAGUAGGUGAUCCAGAACCAUACGUGCGCUGGAUUUCACCAGGAGGAAAAUUGGUCUCCAACACUUCUCGAACAAUUUCCUAUGAGAAUGGGACUUUGGACAUUUUAGAGACUUCCAUGGAAGAGCAUGGCAUGUAUACUUGUAUAGCAUCCAACGCUGCAGGGGAGUCCACUGCACCAGUUGAACUUCUGGUCAGCCCAUAUCCUCAUCUCGCUAACAGCACAAACUCUGGCAAAGAAGCUGAGACGGGCCCAUCGGAUAUCCUCAUCUCGGCCAAAUCCAGCUUCUCUAAUGAAACCAAAUCUCGCCAAGAGAGGAAAGUGGCCAUUGCUGAGCUGACCUCAUCCUCUGCCCUCAUCCAGUGGCCUUCACAGCACCAUAGUCCUGGGAUGAGAAUGUUCCAGAUCCAGUACAACAGUUCUGCUGAUGACAUCCUGGUGUACAGGAUGAUCCCAGCUUCUAGCAAGUCUUUCUUCCUGACUGACCUGGUUGCUGGGCGGGACUAUGACCUGUGUGUCCUUGCUGUUUAUGAUGAUGGUGUCACUUCUCUGACAGCAACCCUCGUGGUAGGGUGUGUGCAGUUCUCCACGGAGGAGGCAUACCAGCAGUGUCAGUCCCUCCAUGCACAGUUUCUUGGUGGAACUAUGAUUAUUAUCAUUGGAGGCAUCAUUGUGGCGUCUGUCCUUGUUUUUAUCUUUAUACUUCUGCUGAAAUACAAAGUUUACAUCAACCAUCACAAAACCAAAAAUCCUGAAGUGAAUAAUGUUUGCUCUCAAACCAACGGUGGUCAAAGUAACUCUCUGGUACAUUCCAGUUCCAAACUGGCUGAAUGGAUCCAGCAAGAACGUUCAAGCUCACCAUUCAGAGGCAAAACUAUACUAGACUUUGACUAUGAACGAGCAGUCUCUACAGAAGUGUCUGUUUUAAGAAAUGAAGUCUUUCCUUAAUAGUUAUGCUGGUCCCAGGCAAGAAGCACUAAAAAAUAACUAAUGUAGUUGUAUUUUAAGCUUCACUGUCUAUUUUUAAGAUCAGAUGGUUUUAAACACUAUUUUUUUAAUCUGUAAAAGUUCUUGCAUUCCUAACUAUUUUUGUUGCACUAUAUUAAAUAUAAAAUGUGUGAUUUU